AUGGCGACAUUCACGUCCGUGUAUCAUGGAGGAGUGCGAGAAGAUCAGUACCUUGGUACAUGGAAGAUUGUGGAAUGCGUAUCGUUAGCAGGUACAGUGGACACGACCGGCAUCGAAGGGUCAGAGUUCCACCUGGAUGACAGUGGCGAUGUGUCUUGGAAAGUGGCUGAUGACGUGGACGCCAUGCCAUUCUUUAAUUCUGAUACUUAUGAGAUACUGUUCCCACCUGGGAAGAUGAAUUCUGUCCAACUGAAGUUUUUUGGGACUUUAGCAGAACAUGUGAUUGAAUUCAAUGUGGAGAUUUCUGGUGAACUGAUGCUGUUGACAUGUGAUCGAUGCUGUAUGUUACAGUGUCAGAAGGUGUCUACCAACAGUUCUAAGGGUGAUUGUCAUUACACAUUUGGACGAGCUUUAGAUGAAGGAUAUUUCUCUGAUCUUGUUAUUACAGCUGAAUCAGGACAUCAGUUCCAGGUCCACUCUCUGAUCCUGGGUCUGAGCUGCCCUGAAAUGGAUUGGUGGCACAACCCCCCACCCCUAACAGGCCUCCGGGAGGAUGUUCUAGGCACUUUGCUCCACUAUCUCUACACUGAAUGUCUCCCCAAGGGUCUCUCUGAGGAAACUGUUAAAGUCUGCAUCAAAACUGUCAGCAAGCUCCCGGGCAUGGAGAACUUUGUCAAACUCUGUAAUACUUUCCUGAAAAAUACUGCUCUUCGUCAGCAAAUUGUGAAUUUGAUUGGAGACAUGCACACAUCAGCAGAUCGCAUCAUUGAGAUGUUUAAGUGUAAGAAGAACCCCAUUGCACCUGGCACUAUUCCAGAGGAUGCUCUAGCUGCUAACCCUCCGAGGCUGUGUUACAUAAUGAAACAGGCAGCUAGGGAAGCUGCUAUAGCAAGCUCAAAGUUUGUGUUACUUUGUGACCUGUUUGCAAGGAGGAGUGGCGAACUUCCUCAGGAAGAGAGACAUGAGAUUAUACGUUAUGCUAGGUCUAGAUUACCAAUAUUCGUAAAACAGCUGAAAGAAUUCUUUGAAUCAUUCAAAUACCAAAUGUCAUUUGUUGGACCAAAUGAAAAACAAGAAAUUGCCACAUACAUUUUACCUGAGGUAGAGACAUUGUGUUCCAUGCUUACUAAAUUUACUGAAGAAUUCAAGGCUGCUCUAGACAAAGCCAUUACAAAAAAUAUUUCUGACAAGGAGAAGGGUGAGGAAAAAGGGGAGAAACACAAACAUGUCAAAGAUGUGCUGGGAAAGACUUUACGACAUGUAUUACAUGUGAGAGAGUUGAAGAAAUUGAAACACAUGCAUGACACUGCAUCCAAAAAGUUUGAGACAGCUUUCGAAAAACUUGGCAGAUUCAACAGGAAACCCAAUGCUGAGAAGAUUGUUCGUGUGUGCCUCAUUAUAGAUGAACUGAAGGACAGAGAGGCUCCAAUGUUAGUAGGGCGUGUUGAACAGUUAGCCCUUGUCCUAGAGGAGAAGUUCAAAUGGCGCCAGUGGAAAUACAUAUUUAAACUGGGGUCUUCUAAAGUCGCUUGGGCUGUAAACAAACUAUGUUGUUACAAGGCAACCCUGGCCUCAUCUAUACAACAGAUGGUAGAGAUGGUACACAAGGAUGAGUUUACAGCAUCCCUCACUGCCCUAAGUCUAUACACUACAGACAAAUCACAGGAUAGUGGGACUCCAAGUAUCCCUGACAGGACCGCUGUCACAUAUGCCCAUUUAAGUUCAGUUGAAUCCCUUUGUGUUCCUCCACUGGCCAGAAACAGUAAGCUAGCCAAACGCUCUAUAGAUCUGUUGAGUAAAGGUGAGAAGACGGACAUGAUGUUUGAAAUCAUCGUUGUUCAUGAUGUUGGAGACACAGUGAUAGACCACACCCAUGGGGAGCCUAUAGCUCGUGCAGAGUCAGACCGAGAUGUUGAUAUCUAUGAGAUUCCUGCCCACCGUGUCAUUCUUGCCUCCAGGUGUAACUGGUUCUGUAGGGCACUGCUCAGCGGUAUGAGGGAGUCUAUAGACAAGAAAAUAACGGUGCAUGAUACUAAUCCUGAAGUGUUCAAAGUAUUCCUGGAGUACCUAUACAGUGGACAGGUAGGAGGAGAAGAACACACUACAGAGCAGCUGUCUGACCUCCUCACACUGGCUGAUAGAUAUGAGGUGGACAGUCUAAAGUUGUUCUGUGAACACGCUCUGCAGAGACAUGUAGAUAAUAACACCGCAGUUUACCUCUUCAGCCUAGCUGAUCAACUCCAGACAAAGUCAUUAAAGGAGAGAGCACUUUUGUACAUGGUAGACAAUCCCACGCUGGCUGAGGGUGAGGUGUACCUGGAGCUCCCUCAACACCUAAAGGAUGAGGUACACACUGCCAUCCUCAACGGAAGUAUGGCUACCAAGACAAGGUUACCAAGAAUACACCAGGCUGACCCGAAUGUAGUGGAAAUGAUUAAUGACAUGGACCUUAAUUCAGGGGAUGACACGUCAUCUUCAAGUUCUGGAGACUUCCAGUAUGAAGAUUUCGAUCAGGAUCCAGGACGGAUGGAUCGCUCUGUUGCUGAACUGAGGGAAGUGGUGGGUGAUGAACCCUCAGAUGAAGACUUAGCAUCAUUGCUAUUGUCAGCAGACUUUGAUCUUAACAGAGCUAUCAACUUCUUCUAUGCUAGCUGAUAUUUAUCCAGAGGUUGAGCUAGUAACAAAAGUGUUCACUGUAUGUUUGAUGUUAUGUCUGAGGGAAUCAGAAGACCACACCUAAAAACACCAGUACUGCACACAUUAUAACACAAGUACUUAUACACAUUAUAACACAGUACAGCACCCCUUAUAACACAGUACAGCACCCCUUAUAACACAGGUACAGCACACCUGAUAACACAGGUACAGCACACCUGAAAACACAGGUACAGCACACCUGAUAUCACAAUUACACCAGACCUGAUAACACAGGUAAAACACACCUGAUAACACAGUACAGCACCCCUUAUAACACAUGUACACCACACCUGGUCGCACAUGUACACCACACCUGAUAACACAGGUAAAACACACCUGAUAACACAGAACACCACACCUGGUCACACAUGUACACCACACCUGGUCACACAUGUACACCACACCUGGUCACACAUGUACACCACACCUGGUCACACAUGUACACCACACCUGGUCACACAGGUAAAACACACUCAAGGGUAGGUAUUUUCCAUAGAUGUUGAAGACAAUUUUUGGCAUGAUCAAUUGAUGAAUGACGGAAUGUAGUGUCUCAAAUAAAAAGUUAUCUGUAAGAUUGGUUAACAGUGUAAGAGAAAAGAUACUGUGUUACAGCUGUUAAAAAGUGUUUAGAAACUAAGAUAAUGUUUACACAAUCUUGUUACACAGGUUGUAUUUUUUGGUUGUGUUACAUUGAAAAUGAGAUGAUCCAUGAUGUAAAACAUUUGCAGUGAUUAACCUGCAGUUUUUACUAUUGUACAACAUUAGUAAUUAAUAGCUGUCAUUUGGGAUCAAUAACAAUUCAUUGUAAAAUUUUUGUUUUUCUACAAACAAUGAUGAAUAUCUGGCUCCACCCAAUUGCCAGAUGAUGACAGAACAGAAGUAUAGCUAAGAAAGUUAAAAACUCCCUGUUUCUGACAUGUGACUGAACGAGGGAGGAAGACUAGCUCAUUAAUAGACAACUUGAUGUCUACUUGAUACAAAAGUACUGGUAUUUUAUGUGAAUCAUAAAAAACCUCUUAAGCAAUACUAAAUAUAUAACCUUUCCCUUGUAUCUGCUGCUAUUGACCUGUAUAAUACCUGGCAGGAAUCCUUUAACUUACAGGAGAGAUUGUUUAGAAACAACUUAUUAAAAUUAAUAAUAAUUAGAAUCAAUUUAUCACCUUAUAUCAUUUAUACCAAUAGAUAGCAGUUUAGAGUCCCUUCUUAUUUCUCUGGUCAUUAAUUGGUCUGCUCAUUUAAUUGAUUGCUAACCGGUCUUUUCAUUGAUUGUAAACCACAUCUCUUUAUUGCUAACUUAUAUUUAAUUGGGUGUUAACAUAUUUAUUUAAUGGAGUGUUAACUACUACAUUAUUAUUAAAUAGUCAUUUCAUUAAGUGUUAACUUAUCUAAUAUUUCACCGAGUGCUAACUUAUCUAAUAUUUCACCGAGUGCUAACUUGUCUGUUUCCUAGCGUGCUAACUUGUCUAUUUAUUUUAUUGAUUGCUAAUGCUACUAAACUUUGCCUUGCGUAUCUGUGAUUCUAUGUAUUGUAAGUCAGAUGGAGAACGCUUGUAACACAAAGUUCCAGUGUUGUGUAGAAAUUUCUAAUAACUCUACAAACUUGUGUUCUAUGUUAUAUAUCAACAGUUGUGUACUACAUUAUAUAAUGUAUCAGUUCAUACUUCUCCGGAGAAUGUUGAGCUAUUGUGAUGAUUACCCAGUCCAGACUAAAUAUGGAAAGAUAUUUAUUUUCCAUCUAAUUAUUCCAUAAUGCAUAUUAUGUUAUCCUUACAAAUUUCCAUUUUAGGGAGAAACUUCCUUGCAACUUGAAAGAGUUAUGUCCCUUCUCUGUGAUGGUUCUAUCUAAUCAUUUUGUAUUAUGCUUUUGUGAUGUAAGACAGUAUUCUUUGUCAAGGGUAUGGCUUCAGUAUUUUAAUUGUUUCACAUAGUACCUCUUGUGUUUGUACAGGAAAUCAUGUGAAAUGUUUUAAUUAG